AAACUUGUCUUUCACAGACUUUCAUCAUCUAGAUGGAUCGCAGAGAUAACAAGAAUCUCCGCUCUCGUUUCACUGAGUGAGAGCUGCUGGUAUCAAAUCUGAGUCACAGAUGAUCAUAAAUAAACCUGAAGUCGGAGCGGCAGACACAGAACAGGACGGGACCACGGCGACAGCAUGGAGCUGAGACACGGCGUCUACACUCUGCUGGCAUGUUGCAGUGUAUUGUGGGUCGUCUCCUCCCCCUCCAGGGUUAGAGCUCCUCCUCCUCCUCCUCCUCCUGGUUGUGACUCCACGUUGGCGUUCUCCUCAGCGGUCUCCUCCUCAUCUGAAGGAAACAUCCACCGCAGAUCUCUGUCUCCAUGGAGCUGGAGGUCGUCCACGGUGAAGAACCGGAUCCCCUCCACCCUCUGGGAGGCCGAGUGCAGCAGCAGCUUCUGCGUCAGUCCCAGCCCGGGACAGACGGACGGACACAACCUGAACUCCGUCCCCGUCUACCAGAACGUCCUGGUCCUGACCCGGCAGGACGGGACGGGACGCUGCUACAAUGCUUCGUACCGGUCUGUGGCUGUCGGCUGUACCUGCGUCUGGGCCAAAACCAACCAGAACUAAACCAUCUCAACCUGAACCUGAACCAGAACCUCAAUCUGAAUCUGAAUCUGAAUCUGUGCCACAUGAGCAGAGCCUCUCACUCAUGGAUGUUGUCUCCAGUCCACUAAAAGCAGUAAUACCACAGUGUAAGAAUACUCUGUUACAAAUAAAGAUCCUGCAUUUGAUAUUCUACUUGAGUAAAAAGACAAAAGUAUCGAAAACUGAAGUACUCGUUCUGCAAAAUGACCCGAGAGUUUAAUUAGAGAGGCUUCAAGGUCCCCAAAGAUUUUUUUUAUCAUAUUCAAAUAAAGUUAUUUUCCACUGUC